UUUUUUAAAAAAAAAAAAUAUAUACAAUUUGUUACGUUUCUCUUUCUCGUUUAAGCUAUAAAUAAUUCACAUUUACAGGCGGGCUUAUUGUCUCUAAAAUAUUAAUCAAUGGCCUUUUCUUGGAAAACAGCAGGCAUUACUUAUCUCAAAUAUACUCAGAUUUGUGCUCGUGCAGUUCGUAAUGCGCUUAAAGAGGAACAACGUUUGAUAGCACAAAAACGAGACGAACAAGGAAUCAAAUACGCAAAAUGGGAAAAUGGUAAACAAGGGGAAUUGAAACCAAUUGUACCCCAACAACAUUCUUAAUGAAUUUAAGAACGUUAAAUUUAUUUAAAUUGUAAUUCUACAGUCCAAAUAACUGGAACAUCAGUUUCAAUUGUUAUAACAUCAUUGAUCAAAAUAUUUGAAGUGCUAAUCAUAACUCCAAAAGAUGAUGUAACAUUUGCUAUUAAAAUAAAAAAGAAAGAAAGAAAGAAAAAGAUAAUGAUUUAUAUUUAAUUUAUUAUUAUUAUUUUUUAUUUUUUA